AGUUGUUGUGCACCUGGCGGAGGUAGCUGCUCUUCACACACGCGGCAACGCACAAACACAGCACGCGAUACCUGCAACGUCUCUCCUUCCCUCUCUCUACGCUCCGUUGCGCCCUUUUGUUUUGGUCGCGCCGUCUCGUUUGGAUGUUUAAGGGAGACCCACUCUCCUGCAUCAUCAUCCUACAAACAACAUCCUCCAUGCACACACACAGUCACACACACAACAGCCUUAUUUACAACAACUGAUUUGAUAGACGGACGUCGCGCAACUCGCAACAUAAAGUUGCUUUGCCAAAGAGAGUCUUUUCCUGUUGUCGUUACAUUAGAAAUCUUACACUAUGCAGCGCCGAUAACACUGAGCAGAUGUCUGAUGAGAUUGUAUCUUCCGACCACGUGUCCGAGCCACCAGCGCCUUCACCCAGCACCGUUGAUUCUUCAACUCCUGCCACGCUGCCGGACUCCUUUCACCUCCGACAGGCGCAGGCGCUGCACCGCUUUCUUCACCCCAGUCGAACGUUGCCAGACGAGGCGGCGGUGGCAAAAUCGCCGGAUUUAUCGUCGGCGGAGGAGGACCGGGAGGACAGGGAGGAGGAGGGGGAUGCCACUUAUCGAGACGCGGUGCUGUUUGGUGCGGCAUCUCAGUUCUGGCUGCCGAGCAGGACGGAUAGCAGCUUCUCCGGUUCACACACACCUCCUGCUCCCUUGCCUCGGCCAUCGGUGGUGCUUGGGGGAGCGUGUAGGGGCACCGUAGAGAGGCAGCGGAGUGCCGGUUGGCCCGCCGAGAUGAUGGUGGAGGCGGCUGUUGAGGGUAAUCGGCGCGGCACACGGUAUCCCGAUACCGUAGGGCGGCCGGUGAACGAUGAAGACGCACAGAGCACCGCCGAACGUACUCCUUUGCAAGAGGCGACCGACAGGGAGGUCGUUGCCUCCGUGGUGACGGCUUCAUCGGCGGCGCUGCCUGGCAGCUCCCCAGCAACUAAAGCCGCUGCUGCUGUUCCUGCUGCUGUGCACGAUGCCUUCCCUGGCACUGCAUGUGAAGACGUCUCUGCGGCUUCGCGCAGUGCGGCAUCUCCACUUCACGAACCCCACGUGGAAGCUUCGUCAUCGCCAUCGACAGUAGGGCGUACGAGGGCAACGAACCUCCAAGGGACACCAGCGCUGGUGGUGUGGAAGGCGGAAACGCGCUCUGUAGAGGAUGGAGUCCACAACGUGCCGCAGACGUUAUUUCCUUCUGCGUUGAUGGGCAGGAAGGUGGCGGCGAUGACUUCACCACGGGCAGCGGCGGACCCCGACAGACGCGGCGCCGCCGUCCAACAACAGAGGAGGCGAUUUUCCAUAGACGCCACGCCGGCACGUUACUCGGGCUAUCAUUCUAGCGAAAAUGCAGAUGGGCGCGACGGCGCUGGAGGUGAACCGGCGCUUGCAAAUUCCAGCAGCGAGAGUGACAGCGAAGACAUCUUCGACGACAACGGCGGUGGCAGCGGCUGUAUAUUUACUCUGUGUCUGAUGUGCUGUACCUGGAUCUACAGCCUAUUACUGCGAUGCUGUGGCGCCUGCUACAACUGCUGCCGCCACUGCCGCCUCACAGCUUCGUCUUUCCCGUCGCCGCGACGGGUCUUUUCAACGGCACUCGUGAGCGCAAACGAAGGCGACAACUAUGGGAACGAAGACGUUGCAGAUGCGGAGUCGCUGCUGCGCCGUCCUUUGCUGUCGGCUACCACGGCACACACAACGAUCGCUACGAAUAUGAGUCCAUACAGUUCGGGCCUGAUUUCUCCUGCUAUGGAGGAGGCUGCGUCGUCACGGCCACCACCACGCCGUCCUCUUUAUUCCCCACCCGCGCAAGCAUCAUCGUCGGCAUCGCCAACUCUGCCCCUCCCACGUGCGCCGACGCGGCGCGCAGUGCAGUCCCUGCGGUUCUCCGACGGGGAAGACCGCAGCUGCGAUUCUGCUGGUGACAUCGAUGAGACCGGUGACAACGUAGCGAUGCUUCAGGAGAGCGCGCAGCGACGACUACAACCACCACCACAACCGGCUUCUGCUCCUUUGAUGCACUUCCCGCCUGCGUGGCAGCGGACAAAUGUUGAUGAAACACUGGCCGAGGUGGAUAGCAACGGCGGCCGUCCGCCGGCGACGUCGCGACUGCGCCGGCUCGUGAAGAGGCUUUCCCGCUACUCACUGCGUGAGGUGUUGGCGUACUUCAACGUCUUUACAACGGCAGAUGGCGCAGGCGUGCAUGAAAUAGCAGCUCAUACCACCCAGGCGGCUGCUUUUGCGCACGCCAGGCGCCAGCGUGCUGGAGUUAGCUCUGCUUUCUCAGCGUCGCUCGUCAGCACGUCCUUUGCCGCCGAUGCAUCGCGUACAGACCAUACGCCAGCGACUGGCAGUCCAACAGAUUCUACUCAUCCUCCUCCUCCUGCCGCGUCUGUUGCUUCUGCCGCCGCCCUUUCUGUUUUCACCAAACAACAUAAAGAGCUUCCAAGCGUGUCCGCUGCUGGUCAGAUCUUCGUUCUGCUGCAUUAUCUCGGCUUCGUGUUGCUGACGGUGGCGGUCAUCGUGCUGGCCGUUUUUGAGUUUCGACACGACCUGGUGGCGGCGGUGCAGGACGAGACGGCGUGCAACCGCUUCCCCUAUAAGGACCUCUUCCGACCAGACUUUUCGUUCAGCCUGAUCUGUUUCUUUCUGAACAGCGCCUUUGCGACACACUACGCCCUGCGGGCCGUGCGCUACGAAAAGGGCGGGCUGCUGGUGGUGCAGGUGGUCAUCACGGCGUUGCAGGUGUGCCGAGCCGCGUACUUUUUGCUGUUUGUCGCUGAUCGGUAUCUCCGUCGCUUUGACGACUCCAACGCACCACCGGACAUCCCACUUCAUCUCGUAGUGCAGCUGGCAGGCAGUGCGGAUGGGCUGAGCGGCUCUACGCGAACACCGCCGUUUUCCGUAGAUGAACCACCACGGCUGGUGCCGCUGCUGGUUUUUACCUGGGUGAGCGUCAUCACAAGCGUGGCCUUGUUCUUUCUCGCCUCUCUGACCAUUCCAUGGGUCGGCGCAACUUUUGGCUGGCGGCGAUACGCGCAGGGCAUCGUCAGCGUCCGCCUCGAGCGGGUUCGUCAGCGGCUGACGACGCUACAGACCUGCGUUCAGCUGGACCGCGUCAUCACCCUCAACGCGCACCUGGCGACGGUGUUUCUGCUCGACACGUGGCACGAGCAGCGCGAGCUGGUCCUUGUCACCGGCGCCACGCUGCUUCUCUACGCGCUGCUCGUGCCGACGCUGCGGCACACACGCCACUGGUGGCCGCUGCUGUGUGGCGGUUGUGUGCUGCUCGCCGUGAGCGGGUACUUCGCCGCGUUGAUCGGCGACAGCCUUCAAAACGAUUACCGCCUGCGUGCCAUGUCGAGCUCCCCGUGGUACAGCGCGUGCUACACGGAGCAGCUGCCAGAGUGCUUGCGUCGGAGCUCUGUGGAGUACCCCAUUUCAAUUUAUCGCGACGACCGUGGCGUAGGGCGGAACAACGCCUCUCUCAACGAGGCGAGUUACAAGUUAUCGAUUCAAGCUUUCAAGGCGUCUGCUCUCAACGCGAAAGCGUUGCCGGGCAGUUCUCUUGCUGCCAUCGUUGGCUCUCCCGUGGAGACCACCUCACCAGCAGCAGCCAUACCACAAACUUCGUUUCUGCUUGGCCUAGACCGCGUUGACAACACGUCGGACACGUACAUCCCCACCUUCGGCGCCUUUCAUGACUACUUCCGCAUCUGUGGCUGCAACGAGACGUGCUUCUGUGAGGAAGAGGAGGAGAAACAGCAUUUGCUGGUGCGCAGCAUCGACCGCUGCUGCGGUUAUUACGGGCAGUGCCGCCUGAAGGACGCCUACCGCACCUACGCGGUGAUUCUGCUGGCGCUCUUGACGGUGCUGUCGUACGUUGUGCGGGUUGUGCUGCUGGCGGUAGCGUGGCGCCGGUCGAUUGGCGAAGACGACGCGACUAUUGAGCUCUUCUUGCGGGAGAAACAGGGGCGCCGUGACGGACCCCGCUGUGAUCGUCAUUUGCAUUCGCAGCUGUCGGAGAAGCAAGAGCAAGAUGCUCACAAACAGCUCAAGAGAGGGGACCUGCUGCCGCGGCCUCGUGCACUGCCCCGGACGAAGAUGGAAGCCGUAGCUUCGACACCGAGUGAGGCGCUUGUGUGGAACCUUAACCAGUAUGAUGCGUGGCGCUACGAGUCUGAAGGCGGGGGAGUGCAGGCGGGUGUUGCCGGUGGUCGUGCUCCGCGGUCACUGACGUUUCAAAGCGCAGGUGAGAAUCCGCUCUCUCGUUAG